CCGGCUUUUCUAUCGGUGCCUGAACGCCUUUCGCCACUAUGUAUGCAGAAAGGGAAGCUCUUGCGACCUGAACAACUGUUUUUAGAUGUUUCAUAGGACUACGCAACAUUGAAACAAAUCCUGGAGUUUUGUUCUUUUUCUUCUUUAAAAUUUGCGUUGUUUUUCUGGAUUACUUCCAAAAUUGGGGGACCCACCGUCCCCGCAGGGCAUCUGGUGGAUUGCGAUGCGUUUCUAGAUCUGCGUCUGCUGCGGCACCGAGCUGACGGACACCAGAGGGACCCGAUCGGCAGUCUCGGUGGACGGGGGCAGGGCAGGAGCGGCAGAUGCAUUGGGAUCCGGGUGUAAGGAAAUGGUAUUUUAAGUGGGAUGUGCGCGAAGAAUGCUAAUGCGAGCGCCGGCACCGCAUUCCCACGGCAGAGUCCUUCACUGCUGCAGAGGGACCGGAGGAGGUGAUCGUGCCACUGACAUGCAUGUUUUUCAUGCACCGAUUCAUGCAACAUUUUGGUUUAAGUGAAAACCGCAACGCUGAAGAAUUUAACCUGCUCUGAUUACUGAAUAUUUCAGCAAACAGAUGCUUUUGACCAAGAGCCACUGAUAUGGUCUAAGCAUCAUUUUAUUAAUCUAUAAUUAAAAUAACUGUGGAAAAGAUGGGGAAUAGUUUUUCCAAUAUAUCUGCGUUUCAGUCCCUUCAUAUUGUCAUGCUGGGUCUGGACUCUGCCGGUAAGACGACAGUUCUUUACCGUCUGAAAUUCAACGAGUUUGUGAACACGGUGCCUACGAUCGGCUUCAACACGGAGAAAAUCAAGCUGAGCAACGGCACCGCCAAGGGGAUCAGCUGUCACUUCUGGGACGUGGGGGGCCAGGAGAAGCUGAGACCUUUGUGGAAGUCCUACAGCCGCUGCACGGACGGCAUCAUCUACGUGGUGGACUCGGUGGAUGUGGACCGCCUAGAGGAGGCCAAGACCGAGCUGCACAAAGUCACCAAAUUCGCGGAGAACCAGGGAACCCCUCUGCUGGUGAUCGCCAACAAGCAGGACCUGCCCAGAUCCCUGCCGGUGGCCGAUAUCGAGAAGCAGCUGGCUCUUCAUGAGCUCACGCCGGCCACCACCUACCACGUCCAGCCGGCCUGUGCCAUUAUCGGCGAAGGACUCCACGAGGGCAUGGACAAACUAUACGAGAUGAUUGUCAAACGCAGAAAGUCUUUAAAGCAGAAGAAAAAGCGAUAACGGCAGAUUUUUAUAAAUUUUAUUUUUAUUUUCAGUUUUUGUAUUAUUCUUCCUUUUAACACAAGUACUGUAAUCCAGCGCUGUCCGAGUAUGCCACUGAUGCACCCUAAAUAAAUCUUUACUUUGCAGUGAUUUAUUUCGUUUAAUUUCUAUUGAUGGAUCAGAGAGAUGCUGUGAACGCUCUGCUAUAAUAUUGCACGCAAGAUGCUGUGUAUAUAGGGUUUGGUGUUUUCACUGAAGUUGACCAAAAUCUCGCAAUGGCUAUCGAAAAAAAACAGUAAAACGGGCUGGCUCCUGUUUUUUGCUGCUUAACCAUGGAUUAUUAACGUAGCUUCACGAUUUUUAUAAAGGGGCUUUAAAAAGCACUGUGAUAUACAUCAGUAGAACAUUCCUUACAGUACCGUUAAUAAAAGCAAGCUAUUGUUUUAAGCUAUUUUUUAAUUUUGUUCCUGUUUUUCCACCCUGCUUGUAUUGUAAAUAAUGCAUAUUGAACCUGACCAUUUGCAGCACGUGUUCAGAUUAUACGGGAGUUCUUUAUGACAUUGAAUCUGACAGUCUGUAGAUGUUAUUUGCCUGAGAUGGUAUAACGUGAUAUUAUUUCCCCUACUUAGUAUACUGGGUUUGCCAUGAAUAUUAAUCUGCCUCUGAAAUCCACUUUGGGACUAUUAACUUUGAGGACAAAUAGUGUCAUUCCUGCUAAUAUGUUUACCAGGUCUGUAACAGUUGCAAUCACUACUCUGCACUUUAGAGAGACAGAGAGAGAGAGAAUGCAUUACACUGUAUAACAAAAAAUCAAUGUGCAUUAUACCCAAAAUCAUCUGAAGUAUUUUUAAAUUAAAGUGUUAAAAACCAA